AUAAAAUAACAACAGUGUGAACGGACUAUGGAACAAGAAAUGGCCGCCGCCAUGUCCGCUGGUUACAGAGUUCUAGAAGAGGAUCCAGCUGAUCAGCUGGAUUUCCAGGAUUCCAGUUCCUUUCGAGACGAUGAGGGGUAUCCCAACCCCAGGAUUCAAUCAGCCGGUUCACACGGUGGCAGAAUCAUGAGAUUUUCCAAGGAAAGGGCCUGCACCAAGCGCUCGGCUGUGCUGUUGUUGUGUGUGGUGUUGCUGGCCAUAUUCGUGAUUGCAGUGAUCGCUAGUUUAGCUCGUCCGCAGUGCAUGCCGCCGCUACAGAAACCGUCCGUUGAAGUCGAAGCAACUGAAGAAACGAAGACGAAAUCAUACAGUGUCGCCACUACUCCCGCCGCGACUAAAGAGCCCACUACCACUGUCAUCAGUGGCACGACAAAGUCACCGGCUAUUGCAACAAAUGGCGAACUGUUUCCAUGGACUGAUAUACGGCUGCCAGAAACAACAAAACCUGUACACUAUGAGCUCAAUAUGGUUACAAAUCUGUCCAAUUUCAAAGUGACUGGAUCAGUAAACAUCACGUUCACGUGCACUACUGGUGUCAAUAGCAUCGUCAUGCAUACUAAGAGUAUGAACCUAACAUCCCCAGAGAGACUCCAAUCUCUUGGUGGCAGAGCCCCUGCCGUCACCAAGAUGCUCAUUUAUGAAGCCCACGAGCAAGUGUACUUUGAAUUCAGCAAUGCACUGAAGCCAUUGACGGAAUACUCAAUAAUCAUCUCGUUCUCCUACAAGCUCUCAGAGACUCUGGCGGGGUAUUAUCGGAGCUCGUAUACGGAGAAAGGUAGCCAGAGGUUUCUUGCCACAACACAGUUUGAGCCAACAUCUGCAAGACAAGCCUUCCCUUGCUUUGAUGAACCUCAGCUAAAAGCCACGUUUUCCAUGAAGAUGACCCGUGAUAAAAAUCUCCUGUCUUUGUUCAACACGGAACUGUUGAAGACCACACCAAUUGAUGCCAACUCAGAGCAAGACGUGUUUAAAACUACGGUUAAAAUGAGUACAUAUUUGGUUGCAUUUGUGGUGUGCGACUUUGAGAAAAUUUCAAACAUCACAUCCAGUGGUACAAAUAUUUCUGUCUACACCAAUCCAGAGAAGAUCGGCCAAGCACACCUGGCCCUUGAUGUACUUCAGAAGACAAUCCCAUUUUAUGAGUCUUUCUUUGGAGUGGAAUAUCCACUUUCCAAGCAAGAUAUGAUCGCCAUCCCAGAUUUCUCAGCAGGCGCUAUGGAGAAUUGGGGCUUGAUUACGUAUCGAGAGGCAUCCAUCUUGUACCAGGAGGGAGUGACAUCAUCGGGUAGGAAGGAGUGGAUUGUACAGACUGUAACUCACGAACUAGCACAUCAGUGGUUUGGCAACUUAGUGACGAUGGAAUGGUGGAACGAUCUCUGGCUCAAUGAAGGGUUUGCAAGCUUUGUAAUGUUCCUGGGAUCAGACAAUUACAACAAAGAAUGGAAAAUGAUGGAUCAGUUUACAGUAUUCACAACGCAGAAUGCACUGUGGGUGGAUAGUCACGGUAACUCGCAUCCAAUCUCAGUGGAUGUCAAAGAUCCGAGUGAGAUCAACGCCAUCUUUGAUGGCAUUUCUUAUGACAAGGGAUCUGCUAUAAUUCGGAUGUUGAAAGACUACCUCCCGGACAAUGUAUUCCAAAAGGGUCUUCAAAGCUAUCUUAAGAAGUUUCAGUUCAGCAAUGCAAACACCAACGACCUAUGGAAUUCUAUCUCGGAAGUCGCAAAUGAUGGGGCAGUUGGAAGUCUGUCAGAUAUGAUGGACACUUGGACAUUACAGAUGGGAUACCCUGUGGUCAAUCUGACCCGUAAAGGACCACAAGUCUCCGCCACUCAAGAGCAUUUCUUACACUCGCCUAAUGUGAAACCAUCGCCAGAUUUCCCCUCACCUUACAACUAUCGAUGGAUUAUUCCUCUGACAUACUUUACAAGUGAUGCCAUGUCUGAGAAGAAAACCAAACUUAUGGACAAAGGCCAGGCUGAGGUGAGAUUCAACUUGGAUAUUAACGUGAAGUGGAUCAAAGCCAACAUGAACCAGUCCGGGUUCUACCGAGUCAACUACGAUGUCGACAAUUGGAAUGCUUUGAUCAAUCAACUAAAGGAGGAUCACACCCAGCUGACGGCUGCAGACAGAGCCAACUUGGUGGACGAUGCUUUCAGCUUGGCAUGGGCAGAUAAGUUGAGCCAUAGCAUCCCUUUGGAGAUGUCUCUUUAUUUGCUGAAGGAGCAUGAAUAUGGUCCUUUGAGUGCUGCUGUUAGCAACCUGAAUAAAAUAGGCAGUGUCAUGCGGAGCACCAAAGGAUACAGCUCAUUUGUGACAUACAUGCUGAAGCUGCUUACACCACAGAUUGACCAUUUCAACCAGACAGGCUGGGAUGCUGAAACGACUCACUUAGGAGGCUUUCUCAAAACAACAGUUUUGUCUUCUGCCGUGCAUCUUGGACACCCUGAGACUGUGGAACACACCAAAACUCUCUUCAGAAAGUGGAAGGAACACGGUACAUUAGUGUCAGCUGAUUUGCGUGCUAUAGUGUAUUGCUCUGGCAUAGUUCACGGCACCAGGGACGACUGGGAUUUCGGCUGGAAAAAAUACAACACCACACGAGCAGCCAGUGAGAAGACCGUCUUACUCAGGGCACUAUCGUGCACUUAUGACCCCUUCUUGAUAAAUAGGUAUCUUCACUGGUCAUUGGAUGAGGAUAAAAUAUCGAGCCAGAAUACUGCGACUGUUAUCGCUGCAGUUGCUGGUAAUCCUGCUGGUGGUCAUGCUGCUCUUACAUUUGUCAUCGAGAACUGGGACAUCUUGAUCGAAAGGUAUGAAAACAGCCCCUUUGAAAUCAGCCAAAUCAUCAAGUCAGUGACAUCAAGGAUCUCAAGACAGUUUGAAUACGACCAGGCAUCUCAGUUUUUCAUAUCGCAUUUCAACGACUCUAAAACCGGGAAGCGGGCCGUGCAGCAAGCCCUGGAGAAUAUGAAGUCAAACAUCCUGUGGUUGUCAACACACGAGGUGGAAGUAACAAACUGGUUCGAAGCCAACACAGGUUCUUAGAAUCACCAUAGUAUACAGUUCUUUCCAAAGAUCGCAAUUUUCUUCUUGACCCCUACCGUCAUCUGGGCCCAAUUUCAUGGAUCUGCUAAACAUUGAAUUCUCGCUUACAGCCCAUGGAAGUGUGAGCUGUGAAUUCUGUGGUAAGCAGAGUCAUGAAAUUAGAUCCAGGAGUUUUCUUGGCUACCUGCUAAAUGCAAUAACAUGCAACAUGGUUGAAAUGAAAACCCUGCUAACUACAGCAAAGUGCAACAGAGGAUUAAGUUGCAUUGUGAAGUGAACUGGUUUGCACAAACCUUGGCACUGGGCAUUUUCCCGGUUUCUUAUAACAAUCUGUCCCCAAGAGGUUCUGUUCCCAAAUGGGAAAUUAAAAUAAGUGGGAGAGGGUUGAUUCAAAAGAGGGCGCUAUCAGAAGAAAUUUUAACACAGUUCGCCAUAUCUCCAGGGGGGGGCACAAUCUCCUGCAACACUGGCACCAAUAUUCAUUGAAGUUUGCUUUGGACUGGGAUUGCAUGUAAACAUGCCAAGGCCAUGUAGAACCCUGCUAAAUGCAGCACAGUGCAACAGAAUAUAGAAUCGGGGUUGACUGCUAAAUGCAACAAACUACAAUAACUUGACAACCAUUGUUACAUUUUUUGUAUUUUGCAGGGGUAGGGUUAGUCAAUGCAUACACUGUACUUUCAGGUUUUGUCAAAUUAUUUCUUUCAGAUACACAAUAUAAAAAAAUAUUUCCUGAGGAAAUUGUGGCAAUAACAAGAGACAAUUAUUUCGUUCUCAACAAUUUUAAUGUGGUCCAACUAGUAACUGCACACUGUUGUUAAUUUUGUCCAGAUUUAAUAUAUGUUUUUGUUUUUUUCUGUUUGUUUUGUAUUUUUUUCUUUCUAUUUUACUGUCAUUGACUUGAAGUUGGGGGAAAUUGCAACAACUUAAUUGUAAAAGUUAAAAUUUUUAAAAAUUUACAUAAGAAUUCAUAUAUAUUUUUGUUUUAGCUCAGAAAUUUUUCCUUUUUGUUUUACCUACUUAAAAAAACUUUCAAACUUGCCAGGGUCAAGGUGAGGGGAUGGUUUAACAUUUUGUAGAAUAAUAAGUAUCUGUUAUUAGAAGUCAAUUGGGGACUUUUGAACGCUAAGUGGCAGCAGACUUGCCAGGAUUGUUCUGAGCAUGCUCCAUAGAAAACGAACCCGCAGAAUGCUUUUUGCCAUACAGUAGACAUCAUGAACAUUGACAAAUGAAAACAUG